UAUGUCACAUGGCUCUUUCACUGUCAAUCCUUCCCAGUUCGGACCGCUCCAAAGUCCAAACCAGGACCGAACAGCGAUGCGGUUUUAUUUUUAAUCCCGCGCGUAAUGUUCCUGAAAACACUCCUCGGCAGGUGCGGCGCGUGCGUCCAGCGAAGCGGCAUUUCCCUGCGGAUUACCCCGGUCCAGAGACGCCACAUGGCCGCCACAGCUCCCCCAAACACCCCCGGCUCCAUAACAACCACCACCAGGGGCUACUACAAGUCCGCGAAGCCGGAGAGGAGCGCCGGGGCCCGGGUGGUGGACCUCCGGAGCGACACGGUGACGAGGCCCGGGCCGGAGAUGCGUAAAGCCAUGAGCGAGGCCGAGGUGGGGGACGACGUGAUGGGAGAGGACCCCGCGGUGAACGAGUUACAGAAACUUGCUGCUGAAAUGUUUGGGAUGGAGGCGGCGCUGUACGUCCCCUCAGGAACCAUGAGCAACUUAAUCGCAGUGAUGGUGCACUGCAGAGAGCGAGGGGACGAGAUGAUAUUGGGAGAUUUGUGUCAUGUGCAUAUUUACGAGCAAGGAGGAAGUGCACAGCUGGCAGGCGUCCACUCCACCACAGUGACCACUCUCCCCGAUGGAACCUUCGACCUGAAACAACUCGAGUCUAAAAUCCGACACGGUUUUCCCGAUCCUCACUAUCCACGGUCCAGGCUCAUCUGUGUGGAGAACACCCACAACAUCCAGGGAGGACGCGUGCUGCCGCUCAGCUUCCUCAAGGAGCUGCGCAGUUUGGCGGAUAAGUACGACCUGAAGGUUCACAUGGACGGGGCCAGAGUCAUGAACGCCGCAGUGGCUCUGGGAGUGUCCGUCAAAACGAUUCUGCAACACACGCACACAGUCAGCGUGUGUCUGUCCAAGGGUCUCGGGUCUCCGGUCGGCUCCGUUCUGGCCGGUCCCAGCGAGUUCAUCUCCAGAGCGGCGAGGUGUCGGAAGGUUUUGGGAGGAGGCAUGAGGCAGGCUGGGAUUUUAGCUGCAGCUGGAAAACUGUCUUUACUGAAGAUGGUGAACAGACUGGAGGAGGACCACAGGAACGCCAAAAUAUUCGCUCAAGCUCUGCUCGACUGCUCCUCGGACCUCUUCUCUGUCGACAUGUCCGCGGUGGAGACCAACAUCGUGAGGUUCAGACUCGAUCCCGGUCUGAGCCCCGCCGAGUUCUGCGCUCGCAUGUCUGACGUCCAGCAGGGGGAGCAGUCCGCGCUGGGACAGGCCGUGCAGGUCCUGAUGUACCCGCACUUCGAGAACUCUGUGAGAGCCGUGUGGCACCUGGACGUCUCCACUGAAGACACCCACUGGGCCGUAAAGAAGAUGCAGUUUGUGGCCGCACGGAUCAUGGAGGAGAGGAACAAAGCUUAGUUUAAAUUAAAAUGGGCCAAUAUUACGCUAUUUUCUGAUCUCUUAUGAUGUAGUUUCCUCAUCACAAACAGACCUGGAGUUGUGUUUUGUUUUGUUUCAUUCACACACGUUUAACACACAAACCCUGCAACACUCUGUUCCACCUUGUGAUGUCACGUGGUAAUACAUUCAGCCUGGAAUUGCCUGGAUUCUCUAACUGAACUAAAAGUAAAACGCAGCUGUUGACUUGAAAACUGCCGCUUCAUGACAUCACAAGGUGGAACAGAGCGUUUUGAGCUUCGGAGAUGUAGACAGAUUAAUAAUAAAGAGUUGCUCAAACGUGUGAAUGAAACAAAAACACAACUCCAUUCUGUGUUAAAGUGACAAUAUGUAACUUUCUGGGUGUGGAAAGUCAACUGCUGAUUCCAUGGAAAUAGAAAGUGAAACUAAACACUGAAUCAACUCAAUCUAUUUUUCACUACUUAAUUGUAUAUAUGAUGUUUGCAUAGCUGUUCCUGAUUCCUUUUGGCAUUUUUUGUGCUAAUUAGGUAAAUCUGCAGAUUUUUUGUAAAAAAUAAAUAAAAAUUGUGUCCUGGCUUUGGCGACCA